UUGCUAGAUGGAUAACAAUUGAAAUGAAGAAAGCAAAAAAAACCCUAACGGACCGCCACGGCCACGGACACGGUGCUGAUCAUAUAACUCUCACCAAUCUCACGCACGCUCGCCGCCGUCCAAAUCCCCACCUUCACCCCCAUCAACGGCCUCCGAUCCCGCCACGUCUCGUCACAAAACCGCCCCGCACCUCACCCACGUACGCUGCCCACCUCCCUGCCGCUAUAUAAGCUCCUCGAUCGCCUCCUCCCCGGCCGUACAGAGCUCAAGAGGUAGACGAACCCACUCGCGCGCCAAGAAUCGCCAUGGCCACCACCUUCCUCCUAUCGGCUGUCGUCGCUGCUUGCGCAAUUCUCGCCUCCGUCUCCGCGUCCUCGCCGCGGGUGCUCACCGUCGGCGGUGACGCCAGGGGGUGGAGGCAGCCGGCGCCCGGCGAGGAGACCUACAACCACUGGGCCAGCAGGAGCCGCUUCCACGUCGGAGACCUCCUCUACUUCAGGUACGCGAAGAACGACUCGGUGCUGGUGGUGACCCGCGACGACUACAAGGUGUGCCGCGGCGACCGGCCGGCCCUCCGGCUGGACGGCGGCGAGGAGGCCAGGCUCCGGCUCGAGCGGAGCGGCCCCCUCUACUUCAUCAGCGGCGCGCCGGGCACCUGCGACGCCGGGCAGAGGCUCACGGUGCGCGCCAUGGCGCAGCACGACGACGCCUCCUCCUCCCCGGCGGAUGCCCCCGCCGCCUCCACGAGGCCGGGGUCCGGGUCGGGAGCUGUGAAGGCCGGCGACGGGAAGACCAGCGCCGCCGCGGCGUCGGUUCGCGCGUCGGUCGGCGAUGUCUUGUCGCAGCCGCCGGGGUUCGUGGCGGAGCGGCAUUUCGUCGAGCAGGCUGCGGGCGUGCGUGAGGGAAGGCCGGCGGCGACAGCCGGCGCGGCAGUCGACGCGCGCGCGGGCUCCUCCCGGCGAGAUUCCAAAGGCAUUACCACCAAUGAUAUUCCACAGAAAAUCAUGCUCGGAAGCACCGUUGGAGACACAUCACACAUGGAGUGUUCAACUGGUGGAGGAACCGUAUCUUCAUUGAGCACGGAUGGGAAUGCUUUCGCGGAGGACAACGAUGUUGUGGAAGGUGAUACUCUGCUCUUUAGUUACAUCGUAGAAUCUUCAAUGGAGGUAGCCAUCUUCGGAGGCAAUGACUGCAAAAAAAUCCCAGGCCGCAUCGAGUGA